AUGAUCAUCGGUGCCGAAUACUACCUCGACCUGCUGCAAGAAGGGAGGUUCCGGCUCAGCGAAGAGGGUCCAACAUUCCAAAACACGGUGUUUGGAUGGAUCGUGUCAGGUCGCACCUCUAAUACUUCAGUUUCCGUUCCAGUCGCCGCGACCACAUUGUGCUCCACUGCGGAGCUUCAAGAGCAACUAGCUCGAUUCUGGGAACUCGAAAGCUGCCAGCUAGGAAGUACUUAUUCCAUAGAAGAAUCUAAGUGUGAGGAAAUCUUCAAGCAAACCACAACCCGCGUCGAAGAAGGACGCUUUGUCGUAUGCUUACCGAGGAAAAGGCACAUCAUUGAGCAAUUGGGAGAGUCAAGACGCAGCGCAGAACGACGAUUCAUCAGUUUGGAGCGACGAUUUGCCACAAAUCCGCAGCUGAAGAAGCUGUACUGUGAAUUCAUGGAGGAAUACUCGUCGAUGGGUCAUAUGAAGGAAGUCAGCGAAGCAGAACUGUCCGGAUCAGUGUGUUAUUAUUUGCCACACCCUGCUGUUCUGAAGCCGGACAGCACCACAACCAAAUUGCGCGUUGUGUUUGAUGUAUCGUGCAAAACUACGUCAGGUGCUUCACUCAAUGAUGGGUUGAUGGUCGGCCCCGUAGUUCAGGAUGAUCUCGUCUCCAUUCACGCUCGGUUCCGACUGCGUCGGAUUGGUAUCGUCGCUGACGUAGCAAAGAUGUACCAAAUGGUAAAAAUGUGCUCACGUGAUCAGAAGUUGCAUCUUAUUCUAUGGAGGAAGUCGUCAGAACAACCCAUCCAGACUUACCAGCUCACGAUCGUUACGUACGGCACGGCAUCGGCUCCGUUUCUGGCCACUCGUUGUCUAGUUCAGCUAGCAGGAGACGGAGACUCCACACAUCCAGUAGCAGCAAAUGUGCUGCGUAAAGAUUUUUAUGUCGACGACAUGAUCACGGGUGUCGACAAUCCAGAGGAAGGCAAGAAGCUAGUCACAGAAAUGGUUAGCCUGACAGACUCUGCUGGAUUCUCGUUACGUAAAUGGAACUCGAAAUGUGAAGAGGUCCUAACCGAGCUGCAGCCGCAUCUUCGCGACAAUCGAGAAGUAUUUGAGAAGAAUCCUCCACCGCCAACCGAUACCGUCAAGACACUAGGCCUCGUCUGGUGUCCACCCACCGAUGAUUUCAGCUUCACUGUGCCCAAGUGGAGCACGACAACAGAGGUGACGAAGAGGACUGUUGUUUCCGAUGCGUCCAGAUUGUUUGAUCCGUUGGGUUUGAUUGGACCCGUAAUCGUCGAGGCCAAGAUUUUCAUCCAAACACUGUGGAAACUCAAAGUGAGUUGGGAUGAUUUGCUUCCUGAAAACCUUCAAGCGUUUUGGUUGGAGUAUCGUAGGAACCUUAAUGCUUUGGAAUCCAUCAGCAUUCAGUGA